AAACCACACCAAAUAAACUGAAUGACUGCGAGUUAGGUGGUUAAGUAAAAAGGGUGGGUUUGGUUUACCAUAAAAUUCAAUUCAAUUCAAUUCAAUCCAAUCCAAUCCAAUCCUUGUUUUCAAUACCAAAUUCCAGAAAGAAAUUCACCUAUCAAAUUGAAUAUGGCUUGGAUGACACGGUUUCUAACUGCGAUUGCUUUCUUAGCAAUCGGAGUAAUAUUUUCACCGGAAACAUUCGGAUCAAAAUCAGCAAAAAUAACAACCUUUGUUAAACUUGCUCACCUUUUGUGUUUCUCUACUGCCUGGGGUGCGGCACUUUGGGUCACCUUCAUCGGUGGCAUCAUCAUGUUCAAGAAUUUGCCAAGACAUCAGUUUGGGAAUCUGCAAAGCAAGAUGUUUCCGGCGUAUUUUAUGAUGGUUGGUAUAUGUUGUGCGGUGGCGGUUGGGUGUUUUGGGUAUACCCAUCCAUGGAAGUCUUCUUCAACAGCUGAAAAGUAUCAGUUAGGGUUUUUGGUUUCUGCUUUCUUUUUCAAUCUCACCAAUUUAUUCGUGUUUACUCCCAUGACAAUUGAGAUGAUGAAACAAAGGCACAAGGUAGAGAGAGAAUCGAACAUCGGAGAAGAAGUUGGGUGGACAAAGAACCAGGAAGUUGCAAAGGUAAACCCGAAACUAGCAGCAAUGAACAAGAAGUUUGGGAUGAUUCAUGGACUGUCGUCUCUUGCUAACAUAAUGUCGUUUGGUAGUCUUGCAAUGCAUUCAUGGUAUCUAGCAGGCAAAAUGGAUCUCUAGACAAUAAAUACCCAUCAUGUUACAAUGUGGCUUGUAUGUUGAUGACAAUAAUAUGAACCAUUUUCCUCACAGUGGCUCCUUCCUGCUGUAGUAAGUGAUACCUGUUUUAUCAUAGUUAAUCUUUUUUUAGACCCUUUAUUGAUGUUACAAAACAAAGUUUGAAGUGUUUUAGCCUGCAAAUUAGUGUUAUAAAGUCAAAAUCUGAUAUUCACAGCUA